CAACUCACGUUUCUCUUUCUUCCUGUCUGGCUGGAAAGAUGGCGUCCCGUAAGGAAGGCGCCGGCUCUACCGCCACCUCUUCCAGCUCCACCACCGGCGUGGUAGGGAAGGGCAAAGGCAAAGGCGGCCCUGGAGAUUCGGCCGUGAAGCAAGUACAGAUAGAUGGCUUGGUAGUAUUAAAGAUAAUAAAACAUUAUCAAGAAGAAGGACAAGGAACUGAGGUUGUUCAAGGAGUGCUUUUGGGCCUAGUUGUAGAAGAUCGGCUUGAAAUUACCAACUGCUUUCCUUUCCCCCAGCACACAGAGGAUGAUGCUGAGUUUGAUGAAGUCCAGUAUCAGAUGGAAAUGAUGCGGAGCCUUCGCCAUGUAAACAUUGAUCAUCUCCAUGUGGGCUGGUACCAGUCUACGUACUAUGGCUCGUUUGUCACCCGGGCGCUUUUGGAUUCUCAGUUCAGUUACCAACAUGCCAUUGAAGAAUCUGUUGUUCUUAUUUAUGAUCCUAUAAAAACUGCCCAAGGCUCUCUCUCUUUAAAGGCAUACAGAUUGACUCCUAAACUAAUGGAAGUUUGUAAAGAGAAGGAUUUUUCCCCUGAAGCAUUGAAAAAGGCAAAUAUCACCUUUGAGCACAUGUUUGAAGAAGUGCCGAUUGUAAUUAAAAAUUCACAUCUGAUCAAUGUCCUAAUGUGGGAGCUUGAGAAGAAGUCAGCUGUAGCAGAUAAACAUGAAUUGCUCAGCCUUGCUAGUAGCAAUCAUUUGGGGAAGAAUCUACAGUUGCUGAUGGACAGAGUGGAUGAAAUGAGCCAAGACAUAGUAAAAUAUAACACAUACAUGAGGAAUACUAGUAAGCAACAGCAGCAGAAACAUCAGUAUCAGCAGCGUCGUCAGCAGGAGAAUAUGCAACGUCAGAGUCGAGGAGAACCCCCACUCCCUGAGGAAGACCUGUCCAAACUCUUUAAGCCACUUCAGGCUCCUGCCAGGAUGGAUUCACUACUCAUUGCAGGCCAGAUUAAUACUUACUGCCAGAACAUCAAGGAGUUCACCGCCCAAAACUUAGGGAAACUCUUCAUGGCCCAGGCUCUUCAAGAAUACAACAACUAAAAAAAUGAAGUUUUCAGAAAAGGAGUAUCGUGGACACUUGAGAUUACUCUAGGGCAACUAUUGGAAGAAUUUGUAUUUGCAUAUUGAAAAGCACAGAGGAUUCCUUGCUGUCUUUGGCUAUAAUGUAUUUCUAACUAAUAAUAAAUUUAAAAAAAA